AUGGGUAUGUUUUAUGCAUCAGGCUACAUUUAUUAUUCACCUACUCGACAAGCAGGAGAUAGAAAGCGAUACUUUGCCGGUAAGUUUGAUAUUGCGUCCAUGUAUACUAACCUUCCCGUAGACAAUGCCACAGGCUCUGCAAUCGACAUUAGCCCCAGAACCGGAGAUUUAAAGGCGAAUGAAGUUGGGCAGGCUGUCGAUAAUGAUACUGAGAAACCUGGCGAUACGCCGAACACAUUUUACCUUUGA